GUUAUUUAUUACAAAUUAUACUAAAACUAUUUUAAUUUUAAGUGAAAUGGAUUUUAAAAGUGUUAAAUUAAAGCCUACUAUGAGAGGCGUUAAGAAGUGUAAAUUUUGCGGAUAUUAUAAUGGUUUCAGAGCAAAAAGUUGCAAAAAUAAAGGAUGUUUUUCUUUUGUUGACAAUAUUUCGAGGAAAAAUGGUUGGAUUGACCCCAUAGAACUUAUUUCUAAUAAUGACACUAAAAUUUUUAGUGUGCGAGUAAAAGAAAGAGAUUUAACAUUAAGAAAUUUUGUAGAAAUCACAGAUACAACUUUAUUGGCAGAAGAUGAUUAUACUUCUAUUAUUAGUAGAAAUGCUAUUUGUUUUGCAGAUACUUGCAAAUAUGAUGUUAGAGAUCUUGAAAUAAUAUGCAAACAUGUUAAAAGUACAGGAAUUUGUAACCAAAUAGCUACAGGAAUAGAGAUCGACAGGAAAAUAAUUGAUAAUUUAAAAAUCAGCCAAAAUUACAAAGAUGUAUUGUGGAAUAUGUAUAAUACAAAUUUAAGUUUUGCUCCACCAUUACAACGUUUAAAUAAUUAUACGUUUGCUGUCCAAUGUUGCAAAAGUAUUUCAUUUCCGGCUGGCCGUUUGCAUGUAGUCAUUUUGCCUGAUGGAACAAGUUUAAAUAAAUUAGCAUCUCGAUAUCAAUGCACUUGCAAAAACUUAAAAGGAUCUUCUAAAUUCAAUAAGGAAUAUGAACACUUUUGCUUUCAUAUUUUAUUUUUAUUAACUGGAAUUAUGAGUUCAAAUUCCUUGCAGUACGAAUUCAAUAGUUUUUGCAAAUUAUUUGAUAAUUUUUGGAGCAUAUGCGAAAUUGAUAAAUUUCAACAAAUUGAAUUUGUGAAUUUUCAAAAAAGUAUUGUGGAGAAAGAAUGUAAUAGUGACGAACAAAAAAAUUGUUCUGGGUUGGAAAAUAUUAAAGUUUUUGAUAGAGAUAAGAUAAAAGUAAAUGAGUCUCAGGAACUGAAAUCCAAUAUAUCAUUUCAUAAAAGUGGUUCUUCUAGUAAUAUAUUUCAAAGUUUAAAUAUUUAUGAAAUUUUAACAAAUGAAUGCAACGAGAAAAUGAACAUUAUUAAAAAAGUAGAUACAGAAACUUGUACUAUGAAUGCAAUGUAUGAGACGACAUUUGAACCAAAAAUGCUUGAAUCUGACGUUUUGUUACCACAAUAUUUAGACCCAACCGAAAAAUCAAGUAGUUUCUUAAAUUUUAGUGAUUGGUUAAAUUUUGUAAUUGAAAAAAUUAACACAAGUAUUCAAUUUGAAAUCAACAAGUCAAAAAUUGUACACCAUUUCAAUAUACAUGAGAAUUUCUUUAUAUUAUUGCACGAUAGAUUUUCCUCUAAGGGCCGAAAACGUUUACCAGAUUAUUUUAAUUUUAUAAAGUUUCAAAAUAGAAAGCUAAUACGGCAUUUGUGGCUUUUUUCUAACAAAUUUAUUUUAAAUCAAAUAUUUAACACCGAUACUUUAUCAAUACAAUUUGAAAAAAUUUGUAAGACUUAUACGGCAAAUAUAGCCAUUCCUGAAGUUGAUAUUAACUGUGAUAAGAAUAAUUUAAAAAAAUAUAGACAAAUCAAACCAAAACGCUAUGUUGCUUACAUACGCCUUAAGAAUAGUGAAAAUUGUGAUGAAAAAUCACAAUUUAUUUUAGAAUGGAUCCCAAAUGUUUAUCCUAAGAGUAAAUUUGGUGUUCUCAAAAUCGAAUUCACACUAGGUUUUGCGAUAAGGUAGUACAUACCUAAACAGAUUUCAAUUUAUCAUUCGAAAGUGUUUGAGAGCAAUGAUUUCGAUGUGUUUUUAUUAAAUUUUCAUUACUUGAAUUAAAAUUUUGUUAUUUAAUUUUAAUAUUUAUCUAUAUAAUUAUCAUAUAUUCCUCG